GACCCUUGGUCCCUGCCGUCUCCAGCCCUGUGGCCCUGCGGAGGUACAAGCAGUAUAAUUCCUGCCAUCCUAUGGCCCUGACUCCUGGCAUGGAGUCUGUGGAGACAGUGCCUCCAGCUGUGGACCUGGUGCUGGGUGCCUCAGCCUGCUGCCUGGCCUGUGUGUUCACCAACCCCCUGGAGGUGGUAAAGACGCGGCUGCAGCUACAGGGGGAGCUGCAGGCCCAAGGCACCUACCCACGGCUCUACCGGGGUUUUGUGGCCUCAGUGGUGGCUGUGGCCCGGGCUGACGGGCUGUGGGGCCUGCAGAAAGGACUGGCUGCUGGCCUUCUCUACCAGGGCCUCAUGAACGGCGUCCGCUUUUACUGCUAUAGCCUAGCAUGCCAGGCCGGCCUCGCCCAGCAGCCAGGUGGUACUGUGGUGGCUGGCGCGGUGGCUGGGGCCUUGGGAGCCUUCGUGGGUAGCCCUGCUUACCUGGUAAAGACACAGCUGCAGGCCCAGUCUGUGGCCACAGUGGUCGUGGGGCACCAGCACCAGCACCAGAGUGUCCUAGGGGCCUUGGAGACCAUCUGGCGACAGCAGGGCCUGAUGGGAUUGUGGCGAGGUGUGGGUGGGGCCGUCCCCCGAGUCAUGGUGGGCUCAGCUGCUCAGCUAGCAACCUUUGCCUCUGCCAAGGCCUGGGUACAGGAGAAACAGUGGUUCCUGGAGGAUAGCUGGCUGGAGGCCCUGGCUGGAGGCAUGAUCAGCAGCGUGGCUGUGGUGGCCGUCAUGACCCCCUUCGACGUGGUCAGCACACGGCUGUACAAUCAGCCCGUGGACGGAGCAGGCAGGGGUGAGCUGUACAAGGGCCUUGCUGACUGCUUGGUGAAGACCUGCCGGCAAGAGGGUCCUCUGGCACUCUACAAGGGUCUGGGCCCUGCCUAUCUGCGACUGGGACCUCAUACCAUCCUCAGCAUGCUUUUCUGGGAUGAGCUACGGAAACUGGCCAGGAAGACCCAACACCAAAGCACCUAGGCCUGACACUGGUCAGACCCCUACCUCCUGACACAGUCUGGCACUUGGACAGAGGACAUGGCUUGCUCCAGUAGGACCAGCCACAGACUCAGGCCCAAGGCCCUACAAACAGAUUGGGAGAGAGUGCAGACAACCCCAGGCUCCACUCUAAGCCUUCAAAUCCCUUCUCUGUCUUGGGUCACUGAUUCCCAGCACCUUGCUUGUUAUCAUAGUAACAGCUGUGGCUGGAACAGCAUCAUGAGCUGAGUGACUCUGUAUCAGUUCUAAUGUGAUGCUAAAAUCCUCUUUGACUACAAAGAAGCUGAGGCUUAGCAUGGCACAGCCCUGGCCAAAGCCACACAGCUUUCAAGUGGCAGGACAAGGGCAUUACUAUACCAGGACCAUGGGGCUGGGUGUCCCUUAGGGGGUACUGUCCACACGAGGAGCCCCAAGGAUUCCCCGGUGAGGCCGUGAGGUCUUCCAUGGCUGCCCUGACUGGAACUACAGAAACGGUUCUCACAUUCAGGAGGCUGGAAGUCUGAGAUCCAAGCAUUCGGGAGGGUUUGUUUAGUUUCAUUACUUUAUAGCAUGCUAGGCAUAUGCUGUGCCAGCCCAAUGUCCUACUGUGUUCUCUCCUGACCUGUGUGUAUGUAGGUCCCAGCUGUUUCUUAGCAGCCCAGGUAGGUACUAGUAGCUCACACCUGUAAUCCUAGCUAACCAAGAGGCUGAGCUCUGAGAAUCAAAGUUUGAAUCUAACUGGCACAGACAAAUUGGGGAGACUCAUCUCUGAUUAGCCAGCAAAAAGCUGGAAGAGAUGUAACUCAAACUCAAGUGAUAGAGCACCAGCCUUAAGCAAA